AAGGAGGGGUCCCCGCGGCUUUAUCUCCCCCCCGGCUCCGCCCGCCGCCGGCUGCCUCCCGUCGCCGCUCAGCUCCGCACCGCUCCGCUCCGCACCGCUCCGGGCGGCGCCCAUGGGCUGCGGCAACUCCACGGCCGGCGGCACGGGCGGGCGAGGUGCCACAGGGACUACUAAAGAUGUAGCAGAAGAAUCUGUAUCAGAUGAUGACAAAAGGAGGAACUACGGUGGUGUGUAUGUUGGUCUGCCAUCAGAUGCGGCUGCCAUAGUUUCCAGUCAGACAAAAGCUGCACCGAAAGAAGGAAAUAAACACAGCAAGAUCCAAACAGCUGGAGGAAACAUGCUCCCAAUCAGCAGAAUGAUGAACGAACAGCAAAGCACCUUUUCUUCAUCACAUAUAGAGGUUAACUGUCUGCUUCAUCCUCAUGGGAGAUUCAGGGUACUGGCUUGCUCUGAAUAUAUCUUUGUCCCGAGCACUAGAAGAACAAAGUGCUAAAUAUUGCAUCAUGAUACCAAGCUGCUGCUGGGAGAGGCUCUGCAGAUGGAGCGGAGGGCCAUGGCAUGCUGUGCAUUCCUUGCUUGCAGUCAACUCAGCUUAAAAAGAUAAAAUGCAAUCUGCUGCUUGCUAUCUGUCAUGAGAAAUGAAGCCUGAUAAUUUUGGAGUAAUGUUUAGCUUGCCAUUCUUGGGCCAUUACACUGAGUUAGCAGUGCUAGGAGAAGGGAUUUAUUUCUUUCUCUCUCUCUUACUGUAGUAAGUCUCAGAUUAAUAAUGCUGCAGCCUUCGAAGUCUGUUUUGUUCAUAGCUGCUGGCUGGAGAACAGGCAAAAACAAAACAAUGAUCAGAUUUGCAAUGAACUGGGCAUUAAAUCCCUUCGAAAAGUGUCUCUUGGCACCACAGUGAGGAGCUAUUAACAACAUUCCUGGAUGACUGUAGAAAAAUAACACAUUUUUUAUAAAUGACUAUAAUGUCUUGGGUUAGCUACCUGACAAAUAGGUGUUUUCAGUUUUUUUAACAGCCAGUUCUUCCUGCAGAGGCCCUGUUCCAUUGCUGCUUUAUAGGACCAUAAAAAGGAAUCAGACCAUACUUUAAAUGGGAAUCAGGCCUUCGGGAGGCAGCCACCAGGACAAUCUCAGCAUGCCAGGGCAGCGUGCAUCAGCCGUGCCCAGAAGUGAAUGGGAACGAACAGCUGUGGCAUUUGAUUGCAUCCUCAACUACAGUGUAUUAAGAAAUACCCAGAAAGUGAAAAACUCUAAAGAAAAAAUAGCAGCUAAUGGUGGGGACUCCGGCAAUAAGGCUGACUUGGCUUAGAAUAACUAAUGACUUUUAGUUGUGACUAUCCAGAGCGUCUGAGUUGACUGCUGUGUUAAGUUCACCACUUGCUUAUGGCUGAUCUUCUUGGGCGAGGAUCUCUGCUUUUCCAAGAUAGUGCAAGCAAAACUUCAAAAAUCAUCCUAAAGGUUUCACUUUCAAAAUUACAUUAGUUCUUGUAACUUUUGAGCCAUUGUUCCUUGUAUCUAAAUAUAGGGAUGUGAAUUGCAAAGUCAAAAAUUGUAUGCUGAAAAUUUUUCUGACUUGUACAGGAUGCUUUUUAGGCUACUACGUUCAUUGUGAGUGCCUGCUACAUACAGGAAUGGGAGUGAGAGUUGCUUAAACCAGUUCAGAGCUUACUUUACAGAACAUCAGCUACUGCCUCGCUGGUGUUAGGUGUUAACUAUUAGACGGAGGCAUCACUCCCUGUUGAUAGGGCAGUGAACACAGGGUAGUGAUAGGGCAGCGAUAGAGACGCUGGUAGUAGUUGUCUGACUGGACAGGUAUUGUAAGCAAUGAAGAGAAAUAUGGAGGGAACAGGCUGUCUCAUAAAUCAGAGCUUUCCUUCUACAUUUUGAAGCACUCAGUGAAUUUAAAGUCUCCAGGAAGAAGCAAUGAAGAAGAGGGAACAACAUCAUGUCUCUUUGUUGUUGUUGUUGGAGGGUGCUAUCCGGGUAGAGUUGCCACCAAACCACCUUUUGUUUAGAGGAAGAGUUUCAUUUUUCCAUGUGUUAUAUUUCUAUGCAGUGAAACAUUUAUUCCAGGAAGCAAGCUUAUGCACGUGUGGUUCAAGGAGCUGAAUUGUUUUAGAAGAGAACGCAUAGCAAACCAAGAUAUGUCAAGGGAAUUAGGACAGAGUUCACAAGGGAAAUUUUGGCAUUGCCAUAGCUGACUGACAACACAGCAAGUGGGAAGAGCACAGGAAGGUCACGGAGUGGUCAGUUUUCUAAAGAUGGAGAUGCCAGAAGCACAGACACAGGCAGGACAUACUGACUGCACCCUUAAAAGGUCUUUGCUACAAGAAUGCUUAGUGGGGGGUAAAAAAUUUCUUGCCUCGUCUUACUGGAAGAGGUGGGAAAUGAGGAAGUUUGUGGGAGUAAAAUGCAUUGCCUUGAUCUGACCAUUCCCUAACGUCACUCGAGGGUCCUGUCUAAUCCCUCUCUCUGGCGAUGUUGUUGUCCAUCUGUGUUUAUCUCUACUCUGAGUGUCCCAUCGGCUUUUAAAUUUGUGGAUGUGCUCCAGAUUCAGUGAUGAAUUUGUACUUUAUGAUAUUUAUAUCUCCACCCUUCCUUGAUUGUUGCACAAUAAUUCAUGCUGGAAUUUCUAACCCCAGGUUUUUAAAGAGGUCUCACUGAUUUGGGGGGUGGGGAAGGGAGAAAGCAAUUUCUUCCUAAAAAUGUACGCAUCUCCAGCACUAGAGAAGAAUACAACUACAAAUGAGGCAGUUAACUUUGAAGUGUGUCAUAGAGAGGCUGAACCUCAGCAGAUUGUGAGAUUUGUGAAUUAUAGUGGCAUGAAAAAAUGUGCCCUAGAAAACAAGUAGUUGCAGUUUGCAAAAAAAAAUAGGAAACAAAAUCCAGAGGAGCAUGAUCCAACAUGGGGGAAAGCAAAGCUUUGGCACAUGUCUAGCAAACAGUAGUGAGGCAGUCAAUAUAUUGAUUGUGCAGCAGGUAGCAGAACAGAAGAGAAAAUGAACGGAGUAUUUAUUUUCUAGAUAAGUCAUGUCAUAUGCACCCCAGCAGCUCUGGAAAUGGACAAGUGGUCUCAGAGUAAUUUGUGUUACUUCCAGCUGUGAGUCUGCCUGGUGGCCAUCAACUUCCCCAGAGGUACAGCUUUGGUGGGGCUGUGCAGAGGUCUGUAUCUUCCUUCUGCUUUGGUGGUGUCCUGCAUGCCUGUGGUAUCAUCUGUACAUGUUUUACCCCAUCCACCCUGGUACAUCCUUCCCUGCUCCUCUCCCUGGGGAAAUGAGCUUUCCCUCCAGUAGGACCAGAAGCAUUGUGGUGGGACAUUGAACCGUAGAGUUUGCCCCGGUGUUCUUACUGAGCAUACCCAGUCUGGCAUGAUUAGUAGGGACUUCUUAGAUAAAGUGCCAAGAAAUACAAAUAUACUAAGAACAGGGUGAAGAAAGAUUGAAUACAUCUGUGCUAGGAGGUUGUAUGGCCCAGGAGCAGCAGAUCUGCAGCAUGAGACACUUGGAACCAGGAACACUGGUGAUGGGCUUUCCUAGUAGCUCUAGUGUGGCCCUGAGAAGGUUGAUGGUUGGAGUAGAGUCAGAUACCUUUCUGGAUCGUAUCUUGGAGUUUGAUAUCAACUGAGGGGGCACUAUUCAUGCAUUCUGAGGCUGUUUCUCCAUGUAAACCAAAGUUUAGGGAAUGGGGAUACUAGAAAAUCUGUUUCAAAAGUACACACAUGGUCUGUGUUAAAAUGCUGAAGUAGACACACUAUCUUGGGCUGGAGUCAGCACCAGCUGCCAAAAAGUGAGCAUCUGACAGAAGAAGACAGAGGGACCUGUGUAAUGAAAAAAGAAUUGUGAGCAGCUCUGUGGUAAGAAAAUCUGCAAACAGGCUACAUUGUCUGAAAAAAAAAAAAUAUAUAUAUAUAUAUGUGUGUGUGUGUGUCUCUCUCUCUAUAUAUAUAUUCUAUACUAGGGACAUGCUCGCAGCCCCAAGGCAUAAUGUCAUUGUGAUCCUUCCUCCUUGCUGUCACCACUUCUAAUGUUCCCCCUCUGUAAAGGCCAAAAAGGUCAGCGAUGCCUUCACCUCCCUUUCUCAGGAAAUUCCUUCUGCAUCCAUCAUGAACGUGGUGCUCUGACAAUUGAGAAGCAUAGAAGCUCCUUAAUAGGUCUGCUACAAGGAUAACAGCUGGGUCUUGCGUACAGCCUAAGCAGUCCUGGACAGCCAUGUCACUGAGAUGUUGCUCACAAGGUCCUUUGAUUUGUGCUUGCAAGAAAAUUGUAUACAGCACCUACAAACUCUUCCCCAGUCAGCUAUGGUAACAGGCCCAAAUCAUUCAUACAAAAGAAGACAAAUUUUAUACUAUUGCAAUAAGGUCUAAAAUGACUCAGGAAGAGAGCCCAAGUGUUAACCUCCAGUGACCGGGUCUGGGUCUAACUCCCUAAAAAGGAGGGAACAGAUAAAUGUGCAAGUGGCACUUGAUCUAGGUGAUGUUUUUCUGAAUCCUUUGGAUAUCUUUAUACAGAAACCCUACAGUCUGAGAGCUAAAACAGCAUGUAGGCCCAGAUUUUCCCUUAAAAUCUUCCCUGACGCUCCUAAAUAUUUGGUGUUCAGGAAAGUGAAGGAGGAUGGAGAGCAUUUUAAGAUCCAUAUCUGAAACCAGCACAGAGCCUCUUUCCCACAAAGAAUCAUGAGUAGCCAAGUGCACUCCAGAGAUGCUCCGCAUCCUACUGAACUCCCCAGAAGCUGGUCUUUAUCACAGAUAAACAACAACUUCUGUUCCUGUAUGUGGCUGUAGGAAUCCAGAUUUUGAAGUUAUCUCAAAAAUAUGUAGAAGUGAAUCAGUGAAUACAGUAAUCACUAAUAGAAGGAAAAGACGAUGCUGGGAGGGUAAACGAGAGUUAUAUUUUCCCUCCACAAGUACAGAAAACUUCCUUCUCUGGUAUGGCAUAUAUAGGUCAAAAGUACAUGCAAUAUAAUGAGUAAUGGACUACAUGUCUGCAAAAAUGCAAUUACUGUGUUAGGUAUUUAGUGUAAUAAAUUUACCAAAGCAGAAAUAGACACCUACAGAAGCUGUCUAUAAUAUAUCCUCAUAGCUCUCCUAAAGUUUAUUUUUGGGUUUGCUUUUAUACUAUUCAUUUAUUGCACAGAGGCUAGAUUUAAGGGAUCAAAGUAUGACUAACAGUUACAAACUUCUGACUGAAUAUUUUUAUUCUUAGCCUGUCACAGGCCGCUAUUUUUAGUCAGCUGGAACAAUGACAGGGUUAUUAGCAUCAGUAAUUUCUGGUGUUUGUGAUACAUUUUUAGAAUCUUACCCAACAGGAAGUAUUCCCAAAUAUUUUAUUUAAUAUGUUCAAAAAAUCUGGGGAGGUUGAUUUUUUAAUGUUGACUUUAUUGCAUGUUAUAGUUUCAAGACCAAGAAGGCCACUAUAAAUUUGCUAUUUAUGUUGUAGUAGAAUAUUGCAGAAACCAGACCAAUAAACAGAAAUGGUUAGGAUUUUUAUAGCAGAAUUGAGCAAGUUGCACAGUUGCUGGCAUCCUUAAAGGGACUGAGCACACUCAUAUACCACGCUUUUAUUAAUUAUAAUUAUAUAAUAUUAGGAAUAUUAAUUUCAUUAUAUGAAAUAAUAUUUAGAGUUAGUUAUCAGUACUUUUGAGAAUCAAACCAUGUAUCUGUUUGCUUUAGUUUCCUUGAAGUACUUGGGGUUUAAUGCAGUUAUUUACAACAUGAUAACGAUAUAGGAAAUAAUCUGGGAAUCAAAAUACCUGAAUGCUUUUCCAGGAGGAGUGGGUGACCAUGAGCAAAACAAGACAUCACCUUUCUUAUACAACAGUGUCCAGAAAUUACUCACCUUUGUGCAGUAUGUUGUGAUUCACAGAUGGUAAAUGGUCUACAAGAAAUAUGUUUUGUUGUCUCUAUAAAGAUGUAAUGACGGAAAUGGUUACUUCUGUGAGAAUUAAAUACAGUCAAACAAUACAUUCAGAGUUAACAAGAAUUUAUGUCUUCAUCUUAAACACAUGAUUUAGUCGGAUCCAAUUCUUAGAUCUAGCUGGAUCAGACUGUUGUUCCUGCAGAAAGCUUCACAUUAGUUUAAACUUCAGUAUAAUCAUACCAUUUUGUUUGAAUAUCUGACCCAGUGAAUAAUGAAGUCAGUUGAAAACUCACAUUGAAUCCAAAGAAAUCUUGAACAGAUGGUAUGAUUUGCAAUGGGAAAAGGAUGAGUAAUUGACAUACAUGUCAGGUAAUCUGCUACUUACUAGAAAAAUAACAUAAUUAAAGGAGGAAAAAGCGUGGGAGAGCAUGAGUGUGAGCAUGUGGACAUGAGCCUGCACUUGAUAUCAGAGUGUUUGCAGCUUGCCUGUCAUUUUUCAUAUGAUUUCUUAAGUGGUAUAAUUAUACUUAGUGAACUGGGUAUAAUGAGAACAUGAUGCAAAAUGCAACAUGCAAACAUUUUAGCUUAAAUUAAAACCUACUUUUGCUUGAUCUCUGGUUUUGCUUUCAGUAUAGUAAGGUGUUUGAGGAGAUAGCUGUCAAUAAAAAAAUAUUUUCUGAUAAAAUGAGGUCUUUUUUCCUCUGACCACUGUGUAUUUCAAGGCUGCCAAAAUCUCUUCUCACUCGGUUUUUGGCUGUAAGAAUUCAAUAGUUAUUUAAUUUUAUCCUUGUAGAUAUUGUGUGGUUCUAGAACCUCUGCAAUUCACUCAUUUCAGCACAAUAUGAUUGUCCUCUACACUUUUCUGUCACCUGUUGCAAGUAUGUAGUAUUUCUGCAGUAAUUUGUAAGUCAGGUCAUAUUUAUUACAAAGCAAGAUUAAGUUACUCAAGGAACUCAAGAAAGAUGUUAGUGGCCAGGCAAAAUCAUUCGAAAAGAUGUAUGAAUAUGAGUAGGUGCCUUUUCUGCAAGAUUUCAAGAAUGAUUUUGAUAUAACUGGUGACAUAUAGCAACAUAUACUGCAGGCAGAAGGUUGUAGAGGCAUCCUAUUAUUUCAGGGAACAGCUUCCUUGAAGAUAAACUCAGCAAACCUUUAUUUCCCCUUCCCAAAAUUCCCCUUUCCCCCCUACUAAGUUGGUGGGUUAAUUAUGAUUAAGCACCUUGCACUGAGUGCCCACACUGUUGCUGUCAUUUAAACGUGCAGCCAGCUCUUUGCAUCACCUCCAUUUCUGCAAAGUGCAACGCUGGGAAUGGCAGAAGUAAAAGCCCAGCAAAACUUGAGGAGGAGACAGGCUGAUGGAGAUUGGGGCUCAAACAAUAUUAAAAACCCCAACUGUGCCUGCUAUUCCUUCAUACUUUAAUGCAAAUAUGAAAUAAUAGCAGUAAAAUGGGAAGAAUCAGCAGUAGCACAUAGGUGCAUGCCAGCAACAUGGGUAAUUGUCAUCUACACAUCAGAUGCCUAAAAUACCACACGAGACAAUGAAGAAAACAAUGCAGAGGGCUCACUGCUAAUCCGGCCUGUGGCUUCUUCACAGUUCACUGCCACUGAAAAGAGCACUCCAAAUGCUGAGGAAAAUGUUGUCCGUUGGAAUCACAGCUUCUGUUUUACUGCCCAGGGAUUCUGGGUUGCAAAACAGGCACAAAAAUCCUACCAGCAAUUCAAAUAAUUUAGAGGUCAGUACAACAUCCGUACCAAAAAUAAUAUGGGCUGGUCUGCCUGGAAUUUAGUGAAUUGUAGUUUUGCUUCCAAAAGCACAGAUAUGAGCUGAAGUCUUAUUUUUAAAAGUUAUUACACGGUGGAUCAUCAGGCAGCAGCCCAUGGGCAUGGCCACCCCACAGAGCUGGGCACAGACCCCUGGCAGCCUCUCAAGGGAAUGGUGUGCCUCCACAGCACAACGUGGGGACGCAAGAAGGUGCUGGCUCAUGUCCCAGCUGCAACAUAGAUGGCUUUAUGCGGGGCUGCACCCAAGCUAAUAAUCCCUUUUUUGAAGCCAGGCCAAUUAGCAAUUAUAUUGCAUCCGGCUCUGGAAAUAGGUAGCUCAGGGCGCUUUGCCUCAAUACUCCGUUGCUGGGUGUAGACAUGCCUUAAACCACAGCACAGUGCUGAAGAGACACCGAGUCCUACGUUGUUUUUUAAAGUCACCUCUGAAAAUCAUGAUGGGUGUGGGGGGAUCCUUCAUCUUACUUAAGUUUCUGUUGAAAUACACUGCUUGAGGUUCUUCAGCUCAUCACAUGUCAACCUUGGCCAACACAAGUCAUUAAGGCUUCCUGUCUAGGAAGCAGGCCGAGCCCUUCUGAUUUAAGAGUCCCAGCAGGGCAGGGAGGCACGUAAGUAGGUAAGACAUCGCAAUGGUGACUCCAGGAAGGAGCAAGGCCACCCGGGCAGGAGAGAAAGAACAAGGCAUCAUGCUCUGAGUUUCCUCUUCUAUGAGAUUAGAGAAGGCCUCAGUUCAUUUCAUUACAACCUCCUCCCCCCCCAGCUCAUGUAGCAUGACCCAGUCUCGAGUUCUGCUCUGGGCCUCUGCACUCUCUCCCUCUCUGUCUCUGUCUUCUCGUUUCUACUUUGUUUCUGAUUCCCCUGCGCCAGCUGCAUGCCCACCAUGACAUUCAGCAGGAACUUGGGCAGCAUCCUCACCCCCAGUGCUGUGAUGUGGACUCGGGGGACCUGCCUCAGCCCCCCACGACAAGGGGGGCCAAGGUGCCCGAUUAUUACAGGUAUACAUAGUUCCUGCGUUGUCUUUUGUUCUGCGAACUUCUGGUUCAAGAGAAUAUUAUGUGUGAAAUUACACUCGUCUUUUUACCAGCAGACCCCAAAUAUUCAUAGUAUAAUUUACUCAGAGAUGCUUUAUUUUCAGCCAUUGUAUGUUGCUUUCAUUGGUAAAAUAGUAAAAUGAUCUUGAUUGUAAUAUCACAGUUACUGCUGACGCAACACUGGCUUUGCUCCACUGAUUUUGAUGAGUUACUCCCAUGAUGAUUUUUUCGGGAUUAUUUCAGUCAACAGAUUU